AUGCCCCUGAUCCAAUUCGCCACGCCGCCGACGCGCGAGUCGGCCUUCCAGGGCGGGCGCCCGCCGGCUCGGUCGGACCAGGCGCACCAUCUUCCUGCCCCUUCCAGGUCGCCAUUGCCGCCGUCGCAGACUCAACAGCAGCAGCGACGGCAGCAGCCUCAAGCGCCACCUGCGGUCGCAGCAACGGCCAUCUCCCAACCCGAGCCGCUCGGGCGUCCAUCUGCGACGGCCGCAGAGGUGCAGCCGGAGCCGCUCACCUUUGAAAAGAGGCCGCUGGCACGCACGCCUUCGUCUCCAGAGCCCGCUGAGAACAAGCCUCAGCCUACCUCGCCUGUUCAGUCCACCGACCUCGCGGCUGGGACCUCGGCAGCCACCACCUUCCUGCCUGCUUCUGGGCUCUCCGCCCGUGAGCCAAAGAGCUUGCUCGCCGAUGCCCUUUCGAAUCACAGGCCGCAGAGGCCUGCACUGCCCUCCGCCGUAUCCAGCGGCAUCCUCCGAAAGGAUCGUGGCGCCGACUCGCCCACAUCGCUUGCCUCUGCGAGGGAGGCACACACAACCGACGACGACGUCGCGCCGCGCGAUACUCGCACCCCCAUCACGCCUCUCAAGACGCACUUUGUCGAGCCAGUCAAGCCGCGUCGCUCGCCGUCGCGCUCGCCGCCAAGGCACGCCGCGGCGAAAGGAGACAGGCCAACUUCACAGGGUGCUCCGAGGCAGACCGCAGUCCGCCUGCAUCGCUCGGAACAGGUCGACCAGCACCUCACGCUCACCGAAGAGAGGGUCGCUAGCCUGGGCUCCGAGCCGCCGGUGCUGACGCGGCGUCGCUGCCUCGUCUUCCAGGAGAGCUCCGACGUUCUCGAGCGCGCAGCCGAGCGGGCCGCUCGCCUACGCCAGAGCCGACGGCUCGGUGCCAUGGCNUGCCCCGACGGCGUCGGUGGCCAUGGCGCUGCGGGCGAAGCCGCAGCUGCCGCUGCUUCGGCGUCGGCGGAUGCUUCCCGCCGCCGCGGCUCCCAGCACAGCACCUCCUCGGCCGGCGAAGAGAGCUGCAGCACCCGCUCCAGCUGGGUGCCCCGUGGCAGCAGUCCGCCAACGAGUCUGGCCGCGUCCCCGACCGGCUCCCUGUUGCACGCCGACAAGGAGACGGAGGAGGAAGACAACGAAGCCGACUACGCUUCAGGCGACGAUGGGAAUGACAACGAAGACGACGCGACGCCAGCGAGGACGCCCUCGGCAGAAACGCCAACCGCUCUGACUGGCGUGGCACAGACAUCGGCAUCGACGCCCAAGGCGGCCGAUCUCGCUCCCGCCGCGGCUGUUGACAAAGCCCUCAAGCUCACGUUUGCACAGUCGCCGCAGGAGAUCCUGGCACAGCGCAAGGCUCGGCAUGACGUCGAUCUAGCGCGGCCACGGCCUUCGCUGAGCAAGUUCAAGGCGAGCUCGUCGCCCGCGCCAAGCCGACCAGGGCGUCUGGGCCAUGCAGAGCCCGGCGUCGAGGCCAAGUUGCCCGAGGAAGCGCCUCAAGAAGCGGCGGGCGCCGUCGCAGAUUCGACAAAGCGCUCGCUGUCGUUCACCGUCUGCCCGCAUCCCGAACGUGAUCAAGCACGCGACCCGUCAUCCCGCUCCAAGCUUUCGGGUAGCCCUGCGCCGAACGCCCUGUCGUACAAACAGAGGGUCAGUGGAAUUCGGGGCGGAGGGCCGAUACGGUCGCCCGCACCCCACGCGGCAGAGCAAGGCAUUCGCCCGUCCUCGAUUGCCUCGUCGACGCUGUCCGCCUCCAGCUCUGGGUACAGCGAGGACGAGGAAGACGACAGCGAGGACUACGAAGAGGACGAUGAGCUCACGGACUCCGGCGCCGACACCGGAGAAGGCGUGGAGUCCGAUCUUGGCUCAAAUGACGAGGACGACGAUGCGGCAUCGGAGAGGACGGACGCGACUGACGACGACGACGAAGAAGAAGACGAAGAGGAAGAAGUCCUCGAUGCAAGCGAGACGGACCAGCCUUCGUUGUCGCGACCGACUGCAGGCAAGGCCCCAGAAACAGGACUCGGCAGAUCAGCCGUAGCCCCGUGGCUUCUACAGAACAGCGCAGGCGAUGCGGGCGAUCGGGGCACCGACAGCGAUGCCGCCAACCAGCGAAUGCCCAAGAUUGGCUUCCUUGAGACGGUCAAGCGACGAAGCCUUAGCCAAGGCGAUGCCGCCGACCGGACAAGGCUGCCUGACGACACGGCCGCAGCGGUGGCGGGGCAGACAUCUCCGCGACGUGGCGACAGAAGCGCCGCACAUCCUCCAGGCCCCUCGUCUCGCUCAAAGUCGCCCGCUCCGAAGACUCUGGCUCGGACCAGGCCCGCACUCGUCUCGAGGGACAGCCGCAAUUUCUCGCACCCGAUGUGCUUCUUGCCGGACACCUUUGAGGACUCCGCCCCCACCAGCCCGGCGCUAUCGACCCACAACGAUGCCCACGAUCUUGCGAGCUCCGGUCUGCCUGGGCAGCACUACGCAUCCGACCUCGGCAGUGGGCCCAACUCGCGUCGCUGCAGCUGGCAGAACCCGUCCGGCGCCGCAGGGCCGACGAGCGGCGCGACGCCUUUGUCGCUGCCCUUCCACCGCGGUCGCGAUCGAGCUCCUGCAUCCGGGCCCACGAGCGACGCCGAGGCUGCAGGCCCACAGCACAUGACCUGGCGCGGCCCUUCAUGGAUGCAGGCCCACUCCCUGCACGCCAAGCCUGCCGACAUCGCCGACGCCACUGAGGCCGGCCACGCUGCGAGCAGCCUCGGUCUUACCUCGGACGGCGUGCCGCUGCGACCUGUCCAGAUGCGCCACGCCUCGAGUAAGGCCGUCGACGACUACCAGCGCGCGUGGUCUUCGCUGCAUCGUCGCGACAGCUCCAGCGUCGCCUCGCCACCAGGUACGCAGGCUGUCUCGCCGACGAGGAACGGCACUCCGAUGUCCUCGGUUGGCCUACUUUGCCCGGGCACGCUGUCGCCGAGGAGCCCUCCGACGCGGCCGGCGUCGGCCCAGCGGGCUCUGUCGACGGCGAGCCAGGUGCGCUGCAAGCCGGCCAUGGCUCAGUGCUCGACGGCGGCUGUGGUAGGCGCCACGUCGCCUCCCAAGGAUAAUGCGCUGUCGCACCUCAAGCACUAUUUUGACCAUCCGCCCGCAGCGUUCGGCGACGUCAGCCGUACCUCGGAGGGCACGACGCCGGCGAGCGGCACCCACUCGCCCGUGCUUGGCGGCGGUGCCGGUGCAGUGGCGGCUCGCUACUGGAACGAGACGUUGACGGCGCUGGCUCACGCCAUGGCCGGCGAGUCCACCCAUGCCGAGCACAGCGACCAUGCCAGGGAAGGCUACCGCUCCGAGCCGGGCGAGUACGGCCGCCACGGGCGUUCGCGCAGCGCCCCGCUCGACGCCCUCGUCGGUCCGCAGGGCGCUGUGCCGUCGUCAUCAUCGGCAUGGCCUGGUCCGCCGGAAGCCUGCCCCGACAGUGGAGCGUCGCACCGCGACGCUCCGGCCGACGAGGCGCACAGUGCAGGCGGAGCCGCUGCGUGGCAUCGUGCCGUCUCGCCGGCGCCGCGCCCGAUCCGCAUCGCCUCGCCACCGGCGGCAGCGUGGAACUCGGACCGGGACGGCGAGGCGCUCGCGCGCCCGCGCCAGCGCCGGCCGAGGACGGCGACUAGCAAGAAGCCGACGCGCACCGUCGCAAAGAGCCAGGGCGCGUCUCCGCCGUCAGCGCUGCUCGAGUACAUGCGCCGCGAGGUGGGGCCCGACGGCCACACGCGGCUGGUUGUCGUCGAGGACGAUGAGCGGCGGCUGCGGACGCGGCGCAAGAAAAAGACGUCGUCGACGUCGAUGGAGUUCAACUGGGGGCGGUGCAAGAUCACCAACCCGGCACCUGCACCCGCGACGGUGGAAGGGGGGGAGGACGCACAGGGGGCGGAACAGCCUCGAUAG